AUGUCGGUGUGCUACCGUCCACCCGGGAACGAGACCCUGCUGAGCUGGAAGGCCUCGCGGGCCACGGGCACUGUCUUCCUACUGCUGGCUGCGCUGCUGGGAUUGCCGGGCAACGGCUUCGUCGUGUGGAGCCUGGCGGGCUGGCGGUCCACCCGGGGCCGGCCGUUGGCGGCCACCCUGGUGCUGCACCUGGCGCUGGCCGACGGCGCGGUCCUGCUGCUCACGCCGUUCUUCGUGGCCUUCCUGGCCGGGCAGGCCUGGCCUCUGGGCCAGGCGGGCUGCAAGGCGGUGUACUACGUGUGCGCGCUCAGCAUGUACGCCAGCGUGCUGCUCACCGGCCUGCUCAGCCUGCAGCGCUGCCUCGCCGUCGCGCGCCCCUUCCUGGCGCCCCGGCUGCGCAGCCCCGCGCUGGCCCGCCGCCUGCUGCUGGCCGUGUGGACCGCCGCGCUGCUGCUCGCCGCCCCGGCCGCCGUCUACCGCCACCUCUGGGGCGAGCGCGUGUGCCAGCUGUGCCACCCUUCGCCCGGGCACGCCGCCGCUCACCUGCUCCUGGAGACGCUCACCGCCUUCGUGCUUCCCUUCGGUCUGGUGCUCGGCUGCUACGGCGUGACGCUGGCGCGGCUGCAGGGCGCCCGCUGGGGCUCCGGGCGCCAGGGCACGCGCGUGGGGCGGCUGGUGGGCGCCAUCGUGCUCGCCUUCGGCCUGCUCUGGGCGCCCUACCACGCGGUCAACGUCGUGCAGGCGCUGGCCGCCCUGGCUCCGCCCGAAGGGGCCUGGGCCCGGCUAGGCGGGGCGGGCCAGGCAGCAAGGGCUGGAACCACCGCCCUGGCCUUCUUCAGCUCCAGCGUCAACCCGGUGCUGUACGUCUUCACCGCCGGCGACCUGCUGCCUCAGGCGGGUCCCCGGUUCCUCUUGAGGCUCUUCGAGGGCUCUGGGGAGGCCCGAGGGGGCAGCCGCUCCAGGGAGGGCACCAUGGAGCUGCGAACCACUCCGAGGCUAAAAGUAGUGGGGCAGGGCAAGGGCAACGGAGACCCUGGGGGAGGGAUGGGAAAGGGCAGUCAGGAAUGGGAUCCUUGA